AUGGUUCUGCGACAGAUGUUCUGGCGAACUCUCUUCAGUAACCCGCCAACAUAUCCUUUCGCAAGUCACGCAAUCUGGCACUGCUUCGCUGCGGUUCUGCUUCUUGCCGCGGCGAGCAGCACGAUCGGCGUACAGCCUGCCGCCGCUGACUUCUCCCAGCCCAUCGGCGUGUGCUGGGGCCGCAACUCGUGGCAGCAGAUGCCGCCUAAAGCCGUCGUGAAGCUGCUUCAAGACAACGGCAUCAAGCGGCUGAAGCUGUUCGGCGCUGACGUGGACAUUCUGCGCGCGCUGGUGGGCACGGACAUCGAGGUGGCGGUGAUGCUGCAGAACGAGUACCUCAGCCUCCUCGCCGGCUCGCAGAAGGAAGCGACAAAGUGGCUCAGUAACAACGUGUCGCCCUUCGUCUUUCCCCAAGGAGUCAACAUCCGGGAGAUCGCCGUGGGGAACGAGCCGUUCCUGCAGGGCUAUCAGGGCAUGUACGAGUCCUCCGUGGUGCCAGCCAUGCGCAACAUGUACAGUGCGCUACAGGACGCCAAACUAGACGACAAAAUCAAGCUCACCGUGCCUCUUAACGCGGAUAUUCUCGGGAGCUCGUACCCGCCCUCCUCGGGCGAGGUUCGGGGAGAUAUUUUGGAGGAUAUUACCGCAAUAGCAGAUAUUUUGAAGCAGUCGGGUGGAACGUUCUCGAUAAAUAUCUACCCGUUUCUGACGCUGCACCAGGACACGACGGGGGCUAUAGGGCUGAACCAGGUUUUCUUGGGGCAGCCUGGCGGGCAGGCGUGGCAAUUCAAGGAUCCAAAGAGCGGGCUGAAAUACGACAACAUUUUCGAUGGGGCGUUUGAUGCUGUGGUGGCCGCUCUGCAGAAGAUUGGAUACGGCGAUCUGCCGAUCGAGAUCGGUGAGAUUGGGUGGCCAUCCGACGGUCAGGGUGACACGAGGGGCUACGCCACGGUGGACAAUGCCUACCGUUUCAACCAGGCCAUCCUAGCCCACAUGCUGUCAGGACGAGGCACGCCGGCCCGCCCGAAUCAAAUCUUGAGUGGGUACCUCUUCGCGCUUGCAGACGAGGACAGGAAGCUCACUCUAGCCGGCCCGUUUGAGAGGCACUGGGGGAUUUUCCGCGCGGACGGGACCCCGAAGUACCCCCUGGAUUUGACGGGCGGCGGGAAGAAUGUUACUCUGAAAAGUGCGACGGGGAUUGUGUUGUACCCUGGGCGAUGGUGUGUGGCCAAGGAGGGUGCGGACCCGCAGAAAUUGGCCGAUGCGGUGACGUACGCAUGUGGGGAUACGAAGCCUUCGGAUUGCACGCCUGCUCAGGUUGGUGGGUCGUGUUACUUCAAUGGUAGCACUGCAAAGGUUGCGACCUAUGCGUUUAAUAGCUACUUCCAGCUGAAUAACCAGUCGGGUGGGGCGUGCGACUUUAAAGGAGUUGCUGAGGUGGUGCAGAGUAAUCCUACCCAGGAUCAAUGCAGAGUGAAGUUUGCUGACGAGCGGUUGGCUCCCGGCCACGCUCUUCAUGGAUCUGUCUUGGGUAGAAGAACAGAGCAACUGGAGUCGCUAUUCAAGCUGGGGAAGAAGCUUGGACAGGGCCAGUUCGGCGUGACGUUCCUGUGCACGGAGAAAGCCACGGGGAAGGAGUACGCGUGCAAGACCAUCGCAAAGAAGAAGCUUAUAUCGAGGGAGGACGUGGAGGACGUGAAACGCGAGGUGGCGAUCAUGCAUCACCUGUCGGGCCAUAACAACAUCGUUUGCAUUAAGGGCGCGUACGAGGAUAACGCAAAUGUGCACAUUGUCAUGGAGCUCUGCACGGGAGGCGAGCUCUUCGAGCGCAUCAUUAAAAAGGGUCACUACAGUGAGCGGCAGGCGGCGGAGCUAACGCGGACGAUCGCGAAGGUGAUAGAGGCGUGCCACUCGCUGGGCGUGAUCCACCGCGACCUCAAGCCGGAGAACUUUCUCUUCGCCAGCAAGUCCGAGACUGCUGAUCUCAAGGCCACCGACUUCGGCCUCUCCUACUUCUUCAAGCCAGGCGAGUACCUGUCGGACGUGGUGGGCAGCCCCUACUACGUGGCGCCAGAGGUGCUGCGGCGGCGGUACAGUGAGAAGGCAGACGUUUGGAGCAUGGGCGUUAUCAUCUACAUCCUGCUCAGCGGUGUCCCGCCCUUCUGGGCAGAGACGGAGCAGGGUAUCUUUGAGGCGGUGCUGCGGGGCGAGCUGGACUUUGAGUCGGACCCGUGGCCGUCCAUCAGUGAGGACGCCAAGGACCUCAUCCGCCACAUGUGCUGCCUCGACCCCAAGAAGCGCUACUCUGCUUAUGAUGUGCUCUGCCAUCCGUGGGUGGCCAAGGACGGCGUGGCACCCGACAAGCCACUGGGUUCCGCCGUGCUGUCCCGCCUGAAGCAAUUCACAGCAAUGAACAAGCUGAAGAAGAUGGCGCUGCGGGUGAUUGCAGAGAGCAUGUCGGAGGAGGAGAUCUCGGGGCUCAAGGAGACGUUCAAGAUGAUGGACACGGAUGGCAGCGGCACCAUCACGUAUGAGGAGCUGCGCGCCGGGCUCAAGCGGAUCGGGUCUACUCUCAACGACAUGGAGAUUAAAGAGCUUAUGGAUGCGGCUGACAUUGACGGCAACGGCACGAUCGACUACGGCGAGUUCCUGGCAGCGACAGUGCAGCUGAACAAGAUAGAGCGCGAGGAGACGCUGUUUGCGGCCUUCUCCUACUUUGACAAGGACUCCUCGGGCUUCAUCUCCACCGAUGAGCUGCAGGACGCGUGCCGCGAGUAUGGGGUGGACGAGGAGUGCAUCGUUGAGACCAUGCGCGACGUUGACACUAACAAUGAUGGCAUCAUUGACUAUAACGAGUUUGUUGCCAUGAUGAGGCAAGGGAACGGAGGGAUUGGCAGGAAGAGUCUGGGCGGCAGCUGGACCAGUGGCAAUCUCUUUCGGGACCUUGUGGCUGCAGGCCAAAAGGCUGGCCCCAACUCACCCCUCGCUUCCGUACAACCCUGA